CCGCUCGCUGAGCCAAACGGACUGACAACUCCAGCACGAUGAGAUGCUUCGAUGCCUUUUUUAAAAAAGAAAUUGACUAAACAUUGUAAUUAAUUGAAAUUCCCCCCCAGCAUUUUUCCUUAGGACAAAUGUUUACUUGCUUUUCUUCGCGUCUUUUGCUUAUUCAGCAAGUUUAGUUUCCAACCGAGUGAUUUCACAGGAGUGACCUCUUUUUGAUAUAAUUAACAUUUUCAUUUUCAAGGACGCCAUGAUCCCCGAAUAUCCAAGUGCCGUUGUGGAGACGGUCGAUCGGACCAAAUACCAGCACAGUCAGCCGGCCGAUCGGAUCCAAAGCACAAUCGUUGGAGGCUUGUUGAAUCAAAUUACAACCGUAAUCAAGAACGAACCUUUCAACGACCAUUACACCAUUAUACCUGGCAAAGAGCUUGGAAGGGGAAAGUUUGCUGUGGUCCGAAAGUGCGUGAAGAAAUGUUCCGGUCAAGAAUACGCCGCAAAGUUUAUGAGGAAGAGGCGAAAAGGGAAGGACUGCCGUAUGGAGAUCAUCCACGAGAUUGCCGUGCUGGAGCUAGCUACGGACAGUCGACGCGUGGUUAGUCUUCAUCAGGUCUAUGAAAUGGCCUCUGAGAUGGUGCUGGUCCUGGAAUUUGCUGCGGGAGGAGAAAUCUUCAACCAGUGUGUGUCCGAUCAGGAAGACGAGAGCUUCAGUGAAAAUGAUGUGAAGAGGCUGCUUAGACAGAUCCUGCAAGGAGUCGCCUUUUUACAUCAGAGGAACGUUGUCCAUCUUGACCUGAAGCCUCAGAACAUCCUUCUGACCGCCAACUCUCCUCUGGGUGACAUUAAGAUUGUGGACUUUGGUCUGUCCCGUAUCGUCAGCAGCCAUCAGGAGCUUCGGGAAAUUAUGGGAACUCCUGAGUACGUCGCUCCAGAGAUUCUAAAUUAUGAGCCCAUAAGCACGGCGACAGAUAUGUGGAGCAUAGGUGUUUUGACCUACGUGAUGCUGACGGGCCUGUCUCCCUUCCUGGGCAAAGACAAGCAGGAGACCUUUCUCAACAUCUCCCAGAUGAAUGUUAGCUACGAUGAGGAGGAGCUCCAGGAACUGGACCAAGCCGUGUCCUUCAUCCAGACUCUGCUCUGUAAACAGCCACAGGAUCGAGCCACAGCCGAGGAGUGUCUCCAGCACCCGUGGCUUCAACCCGAAGACCCUCAGGAGACAGAAGUCCAGGAUGAAUCCAGCACAAGCAGCAGUAGCCCGGAAAGUCCCGUCACGACUACGACUUGCACAAACCGAGUCGACGAGGAGGCGGAUGAAGGUCCGCUGACGGAAGACCUGAUCGUCAUGGCCGCCUACACCCUAGGCCAGUGCCGCCAGUCGUCCGUCGUCGCCGAGAAGGACGCCUUGGUCCCCGAGAAGAAGGCCAACUCCAAACGCUUCAAGUUUGAGGAGCCCUUCAAUGUCCUCCAGGAGGUCCCUGGGGAGUUCAUCUACUGAAAUGGCACCCAUGAGAGGGAGAAAGAGUGAUUGAGUUGUUCAUGUCCGUUCUGUCAUGCCCUUAUUUGGAUUUUCUUUUGAUUUAGACUUUGGUCUUUAUUUCCAUGUGUACAUUUCUUUUUCAAUAUUUGUUGUAAGGUCAUUGUUUCCACCUGAUCUUGUCAGCCUCACCCAAUUGCGUCUUCCAAUCAUCUCCCUCGGCCAUUUUGUGCCUUCUCCAGGUGUUCCCCGUCAUUUUGUUUGUAUUUAGUUCCCUGCUUUCUCUUCAGUCCUCUUUGGCUCAUUGUGCUCUCAGCUGUCACGUUUGGUCUGCUACCCAAGUAAGAUUUUGCUUCUGUUGAUUUUGUUUUGAAUUCUUAGUUUUCCAUGUGCAUUAGUGCCUUGUUUGCCUUUUUGUUCCAUUUAAAUCAAACGUUGUUCUUGAGUGAACCCCGUGCUUGCUUCACUUGGGUUCCUUUCCCCAACAGCCCUAACACAUUUAAUGUGUUACUUCAUUGGUGAUACGAUCAGAGAUCAAUCACUUUUUUUACAUUAGUUGCCCUGUCUACUGCACAAGAAAUACUAUCUUUAUAGUUGUAUACAUUUCAAAAUGCACAUGUAAUAAGAACCUGCAUAAAUGAAAGACCAAACAUAAAACAUUGUGGCCCAAAAGUGACAGUUUUGUUUUAACCAAUUUAUUUCUGCGAGUAUCUAAGAAUUUUUAAAUGGGACAUUGAGUAAAUAUGCGAGAUGGGAAAUUAAAAAGCAUAACAAAAGGGAUGCAACAAUGUGUAGAUGCAAAAAAUGGAAUUAUCUCAUGUAGUGUACAAUGAAUUUGCAAACAGGCAAAGGAAGGUGUUGGCGUCCUCCGUUGGCCAAAGAACUCUAAUCGUAAAUCCUAAACUAUAAAAAUGUCAUUCUAAAAUGUGCCAGAAGUUAUCAGUAAAAUAAUAAGCUAAACAUUCUCAUUUUAUCUUAUUGAGGAAGGAAAUGCCAGAUAAAAAAGCUCUUAUGUAAAUACACUGCAAAGCAUAUGUCUGAUUUGCUUUUACACUAAAACAAAGAGGAAAAGCGUUCUCAUUAUUUGGUUGAUCUAAUCUUGACUUUUUUUUUAAGCAGAUCUUAACCCAGCACUCAGAUUCAGGCGCAUGGUGUAUUUUUAUUUGUUUUGGGUGCCACAAUUGAAAGUUUUACAAGUGUUACAUUUACAAAAUAACUUUUUUUAUUUUUCAAAUUCUUUUUGUACAUAAUGGUUGUUUAUUUAAUUUAAGCAUACUGUUCUGUUAAAUAUACAUGUCACGUAUUUGUGUAACAUUCAGUGCAAGGUCAAAUCUAAGCAACCAAUAAAUAUUUG